AUGGGCCCCAUGGUUCAUAUCCAGUGUCCAGAGCUUCGCAACGGAGGCAUAAAUGCACUCUUAGACACUGGAUCAGAUUAUAAUUUAAUCUGUGUCGAGGCUUUAAAAGACAAUAUUUUAUGCAACAACGAUAAAGUGGGCUCAGUCGAAGGAAUAACUUCUAGUUCGAUGCCCAUAUCCGGCACAAUAAUCUUGAAAAUUCUCGGAAUCAAUGUCUUCUUUCAUAUAGUCCCAGCGCCUCCAGGUGGCUAUAAGGCUAUCCUAGGGAAUGAUUUUUUUAUCAAAGAACGAGUAAAAAUCUCUUUCUUCUGGAACACACUGGUUAGUAAACACAAUCUCAUAAAACCAAUCCCAAUUAUAAAUCCCCGCCGUUCCAAAAAGCCCAAAAUCCUUGCUCUUGGAACGGGCCCAAAAAUUUACUUACCGUGUAACUCUCUCAUUGGAAACUAUCAGCGCUUCCUUGUUGACACAGGGGGGGACGCUUGCCUUAUCAACGCGUCAGCCCUUCGUUUAGAAGUUCCAAUUGAUACGGAGAGAGCUACUACCUUUCGAGGAAUCGACGAUAACUCUUUUAAAACUUUAGGCAUAGUAACGCUUAAAAUUCUAGGCAUGGAUGUUGAAUUUCAUGUCUGUGGCGAAGAUUUACCACUCCCAGGAGUAGGAAUUCUUGGAAAUAACCUCCUUGAACAGGAAAAGGCCGAAAUUUCUUAUCAUACACAGAACAUUUCGUUUCUCUCAAAACCAAAUAAAACAAUUCACUUUAGCCUUGAACAAGAACAAUCUUCACGAUAUACAAUUCCCCUACGCAUGAGAGUGGCAGUAGCCAUCCCUAUUAAAAACCCCAAAAAAAAAGAGGGCUACCUCCCACGAGUAAACCUCCCUAAGGGAGUAUUGUGUGGAGAAGCGGCAGUCAGGGUGGAGGAUGGGUACGCCAUGUGCAUGGUCAUUAACCUCAAUUCAGAGCCAGCCGAAAUAGCCAUAAAACGUCCUGGAAGGCCGAAAGGGGUUAAAAAUAAGCCCAGAAUUAAAAGCGCUCCCGAAAUUAGAGAUACAAUUGCCUCCCGACUCCGGCAGAGAAAAAUUGGAAGCACUCGCGUUCCACCCAAUGCUAAUUAUAAAGAAUCCAGUAUCACAGAAGAGAGCCAGCCGGAAGAAACUCAAGAAAUAGCUCAAACCUCGGAACAGGGGGACGAUGAUGUCUUCGAAAAGGAACUCCCUGCAACAAUUGAUUCCACUCCACGCGAAAUAGACGCCAGUCUAGAAGCCGACGGAGAAGAAGAGCCCGAAAAACAACUCGCUACGCCACGAGCGCGGAGGAAAACUCAAGAGCUAAUAAAAAUGUUCGACCAACUGCUCGAAAGAAGGCCUAUCACUUGGAGAGAAAAAGAUAUGAUAGAUGAUCCGAAAAAUCAACGAACUCCCAGCGAGUUAAAAGUUCAAAAGAUAGUCAAUUCUCGACUGGCAAAAGAAAUUCGAGAAUCCAUGGACGAGAUCCCAAUCUUCGAUCUUGAUGCAUCAGCUAAUCCGAACUUACCAAUGUUUUCUGAUAGAGAAUCAGAAGAAGACAAUAAUGAACUCAAUGAGUUCUUAAGAGAGAAUGAUGUUGAAACUGACACCUCAACUAACGAAGUUAGUAUUGAUGAUACCAACGAGCCCGACGAAAGUUAUCUAACUCCGGCCAGACCAAGUACAUCUAACCGAUUUAGAGGCUAUAUGAACGAUGGUCCAUUACCGAAAACACCUCUCUGGGCAAGAACAUUGAUCCCGGAUGAAUUAAAUAGAAUGGGAAUCCGGUACGAUCACGCAACACAGGACGUAACUUUAGACGAGCUCGUAAGAAGAGAAUCUACUGACCCAGCACAACAGCGGCAGGCUGUUGAACCGUCAGCUGACAACACAAGGCCAACGGAACCCGAUAUCGAAAAUCCAGAUAAAUUUCCGACGACAGAAAGCGAGCUCCCUGAUCAAGACAAAAAUCUAGAAUUCGGAAAAACUCCUCCAGAGUCAUCUGAAAACUCCAGUGAUACACCAGAUGGCUCAAGAAAAACCGACCCAUCUCCUCUUAAAUCGAAUUACCCCCAAAUUUCAGUCUCUGAUCCCCCAACUUCGGAUCAAGCAGAGGAGAUUCUCUCAGAAAGACGAGGCAGGCCAAAAAUUUCUUCAUCUUCGUCAUCAGAUGAAGAAGGCCCACCUAAAGGCCGUGUAAAUAACAUCAAAUUCAUGAAUAGUCGUGAUGGCCUCACGUACGCCCGAGAUCACAUGGUACAUUUUCUCGCAGCCGAUUGCGAGGUCAUUAAACCCGUGGCUAAGUUGCUGCGAGACGUGAAGUUUAUCAACGCCGAAGAUCAUCUUGCAGCUAAGCCUAAAAAGGGUGACGUAUUCGUCACCAAACUAGGUCGCUGUAAAAUAUUUACAGUUUUUAUAAAAACUUAUCAUUUUGAGAAAAUAGAACCCAUCCAUCUUGUCGAAGGCCUGAGAAGCCUACGCCAGUCGAUGCAUAAAUACCAAAUUCACUGUCUCCGAUGUUCGAAACAGGGCGAUGAAUUUGUUGACCUAGACAUAAAGAAAUAUUUAGAACAGGAACUG